UCUGGGUUAUCGCCACAUUAUCCGGUUUAUAGUUUACACACUACUACACACAUAAAACCAGGUUACACAUAUUUAGUCGGUCAGAUAAACAACAUCGAUGAAAACAUUAGAAAGAAUGGAAUAUAUCAGUAAAAUGAAUAUGCAAACAUCGCAUGCUGCACUAGUGUAUCAAAUUAAAAAAUCUCGUGGUAUAAACUGGACUCCAAGUGAAAAGGAGUAUUUGUUGGAAUUAUGCAGCCAAAGAGUUGGUGUAAUUGAAGACAAAAAAAGCGAUUUAUUGACAUUAAGCAAAAAGGCUGCUGCAUGGAAGUUUAUUCACAAUAAAUUUUGUACAAGAUUUGGCAGAAAACGAACACCUAUUCGAAUUAAAGAACAAUGGAAAAGAAUGAAAAUUGCAGCACGUGCAGAACUUCGAGACAGGGGUAUUAAACCGGAAGUUGGUGCAAAUCCGGUUGAUCCAAACACAUCUACAAAUAAGUAUUAUGGGGAAACAUUGGACAUAAUAUCGAAAGUACAGGAAAUUUUGUUUGGCAAAAGUCAACCAUCUGCAACAAUAAACUUUAAAAACGAAGAUAAUGAAACGGAAAGCAUGGAAGUACCUUUUGUAAUAAAAACAGAACCUAUGGAUGACGUAUCAAGUUUUGUCCCUGGACAUUCAGAAUGCAGCUCUCAACAUGGAACCAGUAAACUUGUGUCUGAUGAUUCACUCCCUAGUACUGACAAUAGUGCGAUGUAUUUAUUGUAUGACCGGCGGCCGUCUAAUGCAUAUCCACACGAAUCUACUUCUCCGACCGAUGGUAAUUUUAACAAGAGACCUAAUAAUAGUCAGCACAAGAUUUUGCAACAUCAUGGACAACCCAAGGUACCGCUGAAAAAGUCGAAUAACCAGCCAGCAUUAUUUAUAGGUAACAGCAGUCCUCUACAAGAAGAGGUUGAACAGCUUCCACCAACAAGAGAAAAUAACACGGCUGAUCACUUCCAAAGUAGUGCAGGACAACUUAAUGUUGAUAAACAUUUACUGGAAUUUGCUCGAAUAGAACAUGAAAGAAAAAUGCAAAUAAUGGAAGAAGAACAUUUGUUACAAAUGGAGGUACUUAGUAUGCAAAGAGACAUAGCGGCUGCGAAGUUAAAGAAAGCAAACUUUAAACUUACAGCAAAUAGUUUGAAUUACUCAUAGGUUCUUAAAAGUGAAAAAAACAAAUACACGUUUUCUAGUCUAGCAGUUUGACAUUGCACGAAAAAUGCCCCAACAGAAUGCAUAGUUUUACUUAAUUUACAUGUGUUCAUUGAAAAUAAUUCGAAUAUCUAUUCUGAGAAGCAUUUUUGAAUCUGUUGUUCUACGCGAUAAAACUACCAGCGAUAUAAACUAGUCUUAAAUAUGCUAAUAAUGUUGUCCGUGCGUCCGUAUUAUUUACAUCCUUAUUCCCCGUAAACUAUUAAUAUUUACUUCAGUAUGUCUUAUAUUAUGUCUUUUGAUAAUAAAAUGGAUUUCAGAUUUUGUAUU